CUCGGCCCUGCCCCCGCUCAGGGUAGGCUGCGGCGCCGGGGAAGGAGACGCUGCCCUUCCGCGGCCAUGGCGCGCGGCGGGGGGAGAGGGCGCCGAACGGGGCCGCGCGCCCCCCCCGCCACGGAGGAGGAUUGCUGGAUGAAGGCCGACCCUCGAACUCUGAGCCAGAUGUCAGAGAGAAGUUGGAUUUCUGCCUGAGCAGCUCACGCAGCAUCCGCAAGUGCCCUUCCCCUUUGUGGCUCCUGGAGGUGCCGAGGUCCUCGUGCAGACAUGGCAUUUAGACGGACGGAGGGAAUGUCCAUCAUCCAGGCGUUGGCAAUGACCGUGGCAGAGAUCCCCGUGUUUGUUUACACGACAUUUGGGCAGUCUGUCUUCUCUCAGCUGCGGCUCUCUCCAGGCCUGCGUAAGGUGCUGUUUGCUACAGCUCUCGGGACAGUUGCGUUGGCUCUUGCAGCUCAUCAGCUGAAGCGUCGUCGUCGUCGAAAGAAGCAGAUUGCUCCAGAGAAGUGCGGCUUUAAGCCUGGAGGGAUCACAGUGCCCAUCUUGCCAACCAGAAGGGUCUCCUCUGUGAAGAAAGGAUACUCCAGUAAGAGAGUCCAGAGUCCUGGCAGCAAGAGCAAUGACACGCUCAGUGGGAUUUCCUCCAUCGAGCCCAGCAAACAUUCCAGUUCUUCCCACAGCCUCGCCUCGAUGGUAGCAGUUAACUCUUCGAGUCCAAUACCAGCAUCAGCAGGGAUGUGGGAUGCCCAGGCAAUGGGGGAUGCUGGAGCCAUUGGCGAUGCCAGUGCAGAGAGCCUCUACGUUCAAGGCAUGGAGCUGUUCGAGGAGGCCCUGCAGAAGUGGGAGCAGGCGCUGACCAUCAGGCAGAGGGACAGUGUGAGUACCAGCACCCCCGUGCCCUGGGACAGCAAGAAACAGCAAGAGAGCAUGUCUGAGAACAUCCCAGAGGAGGAGUCUCAGAAAAGGGAGUUUGCUGAGAAGCUGGAGGCCCUCUUGCACCGAGCCUACCACCUCCAGGAAGAGUUUGGGUCUUCGCUUCCGUCGGACAGCAUGCUGCUGGAUCUGGAGAAGACUUUAAUGCUUCCAUUGGCGGAUGGGUCAUUGCGGCUUCGGACAGAUGAUGAAGACAGCUCAGUUUCCGAGGACUCCUUCUUCUCUGCAGCAGAGCUCUUUGACGCCCUCCACUUUGAUGAAAUACCAUUCCACCUCUCUAAGCCAGUAGCGGCCUAUGAAGAAGCUCUGCAGCUAGUGAAAGAAGGGAAAGUUGCGUGCCGGACGCUGAGGACAGAGCUCCUUGGCUGCUACAGUGACCAGGAUUUCCUUGCGAAGCUGCAUUGCGUCAGGCAGGCCUUCCAGGAGCUGCUGGAGGAUGAAAGCAAUCAACUGUUUUUUGGGGAGGUUGGGAAGCAAAUGGUGAUAGGACUGAUGACAAAAGCUGAAAAGAAUCCCAAAGCUUUUCUGGAAAGCUAUGAGGAGAUGCUGCGUUAUGCACUGAAACAGGAGACCUGGCCAACCACUCAGCAGGAGCUGGAGGGAAGAGGGGUGGUGUGCAUGAGUUUCUUUGAUAUCGUGCUGGACUUCAUCCUCAUGGAUGCUUUUGAGGAUCUGGAGAACCCGCCCUCCUCCGUGCUGGCUGUGCUGCGCAACCGAUGGCUCUCCGACAGCUUCAAGGAGACGGCCCUGGCAACUGCCUGCUGGUCAGUUCUGAAAGCAAAAAGGAGGCUUCUGAUGGUACCAGAUGGCUUUAUCUCUCAUUUCUACUCCGUAUCGGAGCAUGUCAGUCCUGUUCUAGCCUUUGGUUUUCUGGGGCCCAAGCAGCAUCUAUCUGAAGUCUGCAGUUUCUUCAAGCACCAGAUAGUACAAUAUCUGAAGGACAUGUUUGAUUUGGACAACGUGAGAUACACAACGGUGCAGUCUCUGGCAGAAGAUAUUCUGCAGCUGUCGCGGCGGCGCAGUGAGAUCCUCUUGGGAUAUCUGGGCACUGAGACUUCCCCGGAGAUGAACGGCACGCUUCCUGGUGAAAACGAGCCACUGAAGGAGCUCAUCUGAUGUCAAUCAGGGGAGGAAAACAGUUUUGUACAAGGACCUUUUUCCUCCCAGAGAUGGAUAAAACUACCUGCAAUGCUCAGUGGUGGCAGCAAGACUUAUUUCAACACACAGCAACCUGGUGGGACCUUCUGCUUUUUGUAGCCAGUAGUGUUUGCUGGGAUGGAUCCAGGACCACUUGCCAGCUUAUGGUUUGAAUUUCUUCUUUGUUCCACCUUCCUGUUCUUUUUAUUAUUAUUACUUUUAAUGUGUCAUAUAAACCACAAACUGCCUGGGCCCAGAUUUUUGCCCGAUUCCUUUGAAUAGGGCAAGAUAUGUACCCGUUUCACCUGUGUGUUUUCUGGGAGAUGAUCCCUGAUGUUUACGGUUGUGUGUGGGAGCAGGAACAUCAUUGGUAAAUUCUCCACUUAGCCCAUAGCUUCUCAAGGAGGCUUUGUUUGCUUUGGGAUUUUUAUUAUCGUUCUUUCUCUGCUGUGUUUCUACAGACAUUACUGCUGAUUUUACCUUAUGUGUUUUAACACAUGCAAUGUGACUAGCAAAGAUUUCUUUCCCAGGGAGGAAGAAAUACUUCUGUAAAGCACUGAAGUAAAAUGCAGACUUUUGUAACCAGUCUGAAGCUCUAAAGAAGUUGGUCUGUUCCCUCUGUGUUGCUGCUCUUUGCAGGCCAGAUGAUGGGCUCUGUGCCAUGGUCAUCCUCGCUUAGGAGAUUGCUGAGGUCUACGUUUGCCCCUAAGGCAAGCUAGCGUGAGGAGGGGGUGGACUUGCAUCCCGCCUCUGCAUGCACAAAGUCUUUAACAUCCAUCAAAGUGCCUUGCUGUAUUUCAGAAUGAGCCAGCAGCAGUUUUCGCUGGGCAGGAGGUGUGGGGUGUACGAAAGCAGAGGGAACCGGUGUAGCGUGGUGCCUGUUCCUAUUGUGCACAAGGCAGUAUGAGGUGCAGAUGUUGGAUGUGGUGUACGAAAGGGGUUAUGUGUGCUGGAUCGCUGAGAUCAAGCUGCUAGAGAGGAAACAAGUCUUUCGUCGAUCCUAAGAAACACAGCGUAGUUUUGGGUAUAGAUCAAACGCAUGGGUAUGUAUGUUUUUUGUAGUGCUGGGAUGGGCUCUUCUCAAAUGAUGUGAUCCUGACUGCGCAGCCGGCACCUGAAAUCUGGCUGCUCUGGGACACGUGCUGAGUUGGAUACCAGUGUAAGCAGUGGAGUGUGCCGGACUUGAGGCGGUCCUGGCUUUUGUGUGAGGUUUGCAGUGAUUUGCCAAGUCCUCUGUGAGUGCAAUGCCACGGAUGAAGGCUGAGGGUCCAGCCUGUCCUUUCUUCUGUUUCAGUCCACAUAUGGCUCCAAGUCCCAGCUUCAGAAUGUGCAGGUCUUCAGGGAGAAGAAAAUGGGAACUUUCACAAAAACACAGGCUUCACUGUUUUUUCUCCAGACUGAUUGGUUAUCCCUUGUGUCUGUUCCAGGUAAAAGGCAUAAGUCUUAUCUAGCCAUAUUUUUGCAAGGGAAAAAUAAAAGUAAGAAUCUGGAGUUUUCAUAGGGGUGGAAAGUCAGUGCACAGGCUUGGAGAAUACAAAUGUCGUCUUUCUUCCUCGUCAGAUAUCUAAUGUGGAUUCUGCUGGUAAAAGCAGGAAGGAAGUAAGCAGGGAAAAAGUAAACAAGAGGAUGUAAAAGGAGUAGAUAAAUGCUCCUGAGAUGCUUGCAAGAGGGUAAGUGUAGAGCACGUAACAUCUGUUGCUCUGUAAGCACAUCAGACUGAUGUGGCUUAUCCUGAAGAACAGAUUAAUGCAAUAAACAAGGCAGUGCAGAGGCAGAAGCGAGGAGCAGCUGACCUGAGUGAGGCUGCAUGAAAUAAACUGUUAUGAGAAGGAUUUGAGAGAGAGCAGUUGAAACUAGGAAAGGUCUCUGAGGUGCCUUGCUCCUGGCAGGAUGCAGUGAGAGAAGAAACAGAGGAUGCUGUAUUAGCAUGACACACCUGCUAUACGUAAACUGUGAUUUAAAAGUACGUUACAUUCUGAAAGCAAGUUACUUUGCCAAAAAAAAUGUUUAUAGUGCUUUGUGCUCUUGUAUGGCUGGUUUAGAAGAAAGAGUAACUUCAGCAGCUUUGUAUAGUGGUUAAAAUGAUGCUAAAAUGUGAAGAUUAAUGUAAUAAGAUGGACUGUAAUUCUAAACAAUCAAUGCUGUUAAUUUCAGAUUUUUAGAGUUGUUUUAUGUGUAUUUAUUUAGUACUUUGAGUGUCUUUUGGCCUCAGUGCUUGGGGCAGCCUGCCUACUUUGUGUACAGACAAGAACACUGGCUGCUGACUUUGGUCUUUUCGCAUCCUUGCGGGAGAGGAUACUGAAACGGGGUCCCCAUGAAGCAAACACUAACUUGCACUGUGGCUUUUUAAGCUAAGAACUUGUAAAUUCCUAGUCAAUCAAAUGGAAGAAAGAUAGUUUUAUUACAGCUUUAUGCUUUUCCCUAGCCCUUAUUGCAAAUAGGGUAUGCUGCCCUCCCAGUGAAGGUAAAGAGGGAUCUUCCUCAAGAACAGCCGUAGCUUCUUAAAGGUUGAGUUCUCCCCCUCUGCCCAGCGACACUAACUUGCUCCUGCACAAGCCAAGGAUGUCUGCUGAGAAAAACUGAUUUUCUAUUUACUGGGGACGUUGUUAAACUUCUCUUUGCCCUGCUCCUCCCUGCUAUUUCAUUGCUGCUCUUUCUCCCUCCCCAAUCCCAGUGUAGCUUGAGAGGAAAGGCAGAAGAAAGGUGUUUGCAGCCUCUGAAGGGUACUGUUCGGAUCAGCGGGCUCAGAGGAGCUGGUCCUGUGGAAGAAGCUCUCCCUGACCCACAGGGUGGUGGUCAGUGACCUGCUGCGUUCAGCUCCUUUAGCUGCAGCCACGAGCAGGGUCUCAGGCUGAUCUCAUCCAGGCAUCUGUUUUUUAGGGUAGAGUAAAAGGGUUAUGAUGGAAACCGCUCCUGCCCUCUGGCUUCAUAAGAGAUCACUAGAAAAUCCUUCUUUCCCCAGCGUAUUGUGUUUAGUAAAGGAAAUUCUUCAGUAUUAGUAGCAGUUGAGAUACGUAUUUGGGUAGAAUCUCUAGAGAUAAGAUAUUUGCCUUUUUUAUAAUGAACCCUUAUUCUCAAGGGGUUAAAUCAUUCUGGGCUGACACUUGCAAGAUUUUAACACUGAUGGGGAUUUAAAGUGGCUUAGCAGCUAUGAAGUAAAAUCCUUCAAUAGUUUCUGAUGCUUAAACAGAAUUUCAAAUAUGCAUGACUUUCCGUUUUUAUGUGGAGGUUGUAACAAGCUUCACCAGUGGCUGAAGUACAUAUUCAGUACUUUAGUAUGUAUGUAGAGACUACACCAAAUGACUCUAGGACAGUCUUUAUGAUCUUUAAAGCACAAAUACAUUAAUAAAAAAAAAAAAAAGAGGAAAAAUCUGCCUUGUUGUAUCUACGGGAUCGGUGUGGCUUUGAAGAGCAUGAUUUGUGCUGUCUCAUACAAGGAGGUAGGAAAGAUAAGGAUUUUACUUGCCCCUCUUCAGUAGAACAUUCCUCUGCCAUAUCUGAAACUAAUGAAUGUAAACUUGUGCCUAUUUUUUUUCUUGAUUUCCUAAAGGUGUAAAAAUCUGUUCUUGUUUUGCUUCUUUCUUUUUCUUUGCAGAUAAUUUUUUUUUUAAAUACUUUUAAUCUUAGGAUGUGGGCAUUACAAGUCAAAUAAAACUUUCCUUCAUGAUUGUGUUUUUUGUUUCUAAAUUUCCUGGCGAAACUUGCUAGAAACUCAAGUCUUUGGUUUCUGAUUUAGGUGACAGUUGUGGUGACACCUCUGGUGCGAAAGUGAUGGUGUAGUACAAGGCUCGCUCUUCCUAGAGUCAAAAUGGUAAACUUACAGCAAGUGAACUUCAGGGGGUUGUUUGCGUGGGGAGUCUUCCUGGUUCCGCUGAAGACAAGUCUGCAGAUUAAACAGGCUAUAAAAUAAACAAGACAACUCAUUGUGCUUUGAGCAGUGGUUGAAAACUGUGGGGUUUCAUUUUUCAGAUUUUUCUUUUCCCGUGGCGGUUUGAUUGUGUUUGGGUGUGGUGUGGGUAGGCUUAGCAGGCUGUGAUAAAGUGGUAGCAGAAAUCCCAGUGAGGAGCAGAAUCUCUUAAACGUUGUCCAAGUUCUUGUAGCAAACUUAUCAGCCUCCCAAACUAUGUGAGAGAAACCCAGAGUAAAGGCUGUGGGUUGAUAUCAGAGAUGCCCAUCUGCUGCGCAAUGCGGGAAACGCAUCUUCUCAUUCUUCUGAAGCAAUUACAGUAUGUUUAAAUACUUUCAUUUUCAAAUGAUACAGAAACCAGAUUGAAUCAGAUAGGCUGUUUGCUUCCACAGUGAUUAAGAUUUCAUCCAUAUGCUUAAGAAUAAAAAAAAAAAAUAAGCCUCGGUUAGCAUUAAUGCAAGCCUGUCGUGAACUGUGAUGUAUGCAAAUAAAAUGUUCAUGAAUAGGAAAAUUUUUGUCUUGUGCCACACCCUGAAGGCUAGUUGAAAGAGUUAAAAGGAGUUUAUCUUAGUUUCCAUGGUGUCAGACUGUAUACUCAUUACAUCUCCAGAGCAGCUUUGUGCUUUCUUAUGCUGAAGGAACAGAGCAAAGGCUGCUCCGUGUAUUGACACCUUCUUCUUAUGUUCAGGAAGGAGUGGGUGAAUAUAGCAAUGAAGCCCACAAUUUUCAGUACUUGUCAUGGUACAUAGAUCAAAUGUAAUCCACUCUGCCAGCAUAACUCUAUAUUCAAUAGCUUGGAAAGGAGGAGAUUUAUUUAACUUGAAUAAUGAAAGCAGUAAAUCACUCACGCUACCUUGUAUAGCAGUCUUCUGCAAUGAAUUGAACUUCUGCAGUAAAUAUUUGCCCUUUCUUUCCAAAUAAUGAGACUUAAAUGCUGAUUUUUUUUUUUUCUUGCAAUGCCAGGAAGAGUGUCAGCUUUGAAGAGCCCGUUGAAAUUAAUGGUACAUAAUCAUAAUUGCUAUCUGAAAACAGGUAUAUUAUGACUGCAGGAGAAGGAGUUUUCUCCCUGUUCUGAAAUCUUGCUUUAAGGUGAACGUGCUAAGGGAUAGAAAUCCUAGUACGUGUGUUUUUCUGACAUAUAAAGAUUAAAGGUAACCCCUUGCCUAUGUUUAUCA